AUGCCUCAUGUGACAAGAGCCCCUGCGUAUUCUGGCGGAAAACGACAAUUCAAAUCUGCCCGCGCAAAAGAGUUUUUGGUAGAUGGAAAGAAACUUCCAUCGGUUGAUUUUGAUAUUGGAGAUAGUUAUGCUGGUGUUUUACCCACGUCCAAUGAUCCUAAAUCGCCUACCAAAUUAUUUUUCUGGUUUCUACCAUCGCAAACUGAAGUAGGAUCCAAUGACUUGACUAUGUUUACCAAUGGUGGACCAGGUUGUUCGUCUUUGAUAGGAGCAACUUCGGAAAAUGGUCCGCUCACAUUGGCCAAAAAAAUUACACGGAAUCCAUACUCAUGGAACACGGUUUCGAACGUGCUUUACAUCGAACAUCCUGCUCCCGUCGGUUUCAGUGAAGGAAAUGUAACCAUCCAUAAUGAGAUUGAGAUUGCUAAACCUAUCUUUGGAUUCUUACAACACUUUGUCGAGGUUUUUGAGGAAAUGAAAAAUGUUAACUUCUGGGUCUCCGGCGAGUCAUACGCAGGCUACUAUGUACCUUACAUCUGUGACUACAUCUACGCCCAUCAGUCCGCACUCGCCCUCUCCCUACAAGGUUCAUUCCUUAUUGACCCGGUCUUUUCCGAUGGAGUGUUCGCUUUCGAAAUACCGGCUUACCCAUUUGUCAAACGCCACCAAGAUGCAUUCCCAUUCAAUGCGACCUUCUGGGCACAUCUGGCUGACUUGCACCACUCAUGCGGGUUUGAUGCUUACCUUGAAAAAUACUUGACAUACCCACCUCCUGGACCUUUCGAAGAACCGCUGCCAGGAAGCCUCGAAACCAACGCCUACAACAUGACAUGCGAUAUGUACAGUGCAAUCGUUCUCGCUCUUGAAAACAUUACAAAUUUCAAUUUUUACAAUUACACUGGUCCGCUCGAUCAAGAUUACUUCUCACGCCAAGAUGUCAGAGAGGCAUUUCACGUUCCUAAAGGCACUCAAAAAUGGACCGAGUGUAGUAAUUCAAACAAUGUACCAAUUUCUCUGAACCAUUCUUAUGAUAGAUAUUCACUCAAACGCACUUUACUUGCUCAUGGGCUUUGGGACUUUCGAAUCUUUUCAGAAGGAUCACAACUUGGUGUUCAGAAUAUGACAUGGUCUGGUGCUCAAGGAUUGUCGAAACCACUGACAGUUCCUUUCAUGGUGAAAGGUCAAGGUCAUCUUGGAAAUUUCAGAACUGAGAGAGGAUUCACUCUUGCUGAAGUUGACAAAGCUGGUCAUAUGAUUCCACAGGAUCAACCACAAGCAGCUUUACAACUCUUACAAUUCCUUUUAGGUCAACGAGAAACCCCAUCAGAAUAA